CCCAUCGUUAAUUAUGUACGGAAGUGGUUGGAUAUCAGAUUGUAGGAUGAAGUUACAUUCUCUAUUGCGACACAAAAUGACAGGGGAUGUAAACUGACGUUACUGAUAAAAACGACAACACAUAAGGUUCACACUUUGUUACAUAAUCUUAUCGUUGUAGGAUUAGUAUGUUUUUUGACAGGAAGACGUGGCGAAAAGACUGAAACAUAAAUAUAAACUUGUGAACAUACGACAAUGUAACAUAAUGAGAUAACAGGAUUAGUAAGUUUCGUGUCGUAUUAGCUCAGUGUUGCAUCUUUACACACCGGAAGAGUUAGGCACAUUACUUAAAAUGGGUCUGUGUAAGUGCCCGAAGAGGAGAGUUACAAAUCAGUUUUGUUUUGAACAUCGUGUAAAUGUUUGUGAACACUGCAUGGUGACAAAUCAUCCGAAGUGUAUAGUUCAGUCGUAUCUGCAAUGGCUUCAAGAUAGUGACUAUAACCCAAUUUGUGAACUAUGCACGAAAGAGCUAGCGAAUGAAGACUGUGUGCGACUAAUUUGUUACCAUGUGUACCAUUGGGCAUGUUUGGACCAAUUUGCCCGGCAGCUUCCUCCCACCACAGCCCCAGCAGGGUAUCUUUGCCCGUCUUGUAAACAGGGACUUUUUCCUGCUAACAAUCUAGUGUCCCCUGUUGCUGAUGUGUUACGUGAGAAGCUGGCUGGAGUCAACUGGGCCCGUGCUGGACUUGGUCUUCCGUUGUUGAGCGAAGACCAUGAGCGAAAGGCAUCUGGGGAAAGCAGAAAGCUUGUCACAGACGAUGUUUCUCCUGUUGUCUCGAUCAGUGCUGAAGAGCUGGGGCCACCAUUGGUGCCUCAUUCUGAGGUUUCCAGUCAAAGACAGAGCACACCCAAACGCACUGCAGCUCUGAGUAGUUCUGUUCCGAGUAGUAGCGUAAUGGAUGGGACUCUUCACUCUGUGGUACACAUGGAAGACAAUGUGUCUGCGUUCAGUCGGGCAGAGAGUUUUCCUGCAUCAGGUCAACUUCCAAGACGUGUGUUCGAGGCAUUGGAUGACAGCAAAGAUGUCUCAUUUGAUCACGAUGAAAAUAAAUAUAAACGGCGGUCAGCUGUGGAAUGGUUUUCUCGGUGGUGGAAGUCAAUUUCGGGUCCACCUCGAGGCCGUAAGACUGGCGGUCACCUAUACAGACGUUACUGGAUGGCAGCUGUUCUCUUUGUCGUGGGCCUUUUGACGCUUGUCGUCGUAUUUUCGUGGCUGGGCCGUUUAUCUACCGCAGAUGAUCCAAGUUUUGAUCCCCUUCAGAAUCCUAACAUUCGAAUUGCUAAACAGAAAGAAUAAUAGUAUCUGGACGUCGCUCAUGAUGAAAUUCAUCAUUAAAGAACUUCAUGUGAGGGGAAAUGAAGAAAGUUGUUUCAAGCACAAAUAAGUUCUCAUAGACCAAGAUAUUCAUGAUCAUAUCUGUGGGUAAAGUUACAGGUCUACAUCAGUGUUCCUCAGUUGGUGGGUCACAAUCAUAUGGAAUAAGAGAUUUAAUUUGAAAGCAAAUGACAAACUGCUGUAGGGUCUCAAAGCUAUCAUGAGUGUGACCAGUCAAAAGUUCUGUGGGCAGUUUUGUUUUACAAAAUACAUGUUCCAUAUAAUUUGUGCAAGUUAUUUAUGAUUUUGUAACAGAUGUGCAAAAUUUGUUAAAUUUUUAGUUAAUAAUUUUCAGAAUUCUUAAGUGAAAUUACAGAACACUUCAUUUGCUGGGCAUUUGAACAUGUUGUUAACCAAUAUUUGUAUGACCUUCAUAUGAAUCAAUAAUAAUUAUUAAAUUUUGUGGUGGUGUUAAUUAUGAUUAACACCACCACAAUUUUUUUUAAUAGUGAAUAGGUAUGUAUAGGUGACAGAAAGUUGCAUGCAUUGCUUCAGGGUGCAGAUAUGGAGGCCAUAGUAAGAUAAUAUGAACUGUAUCAAUUUAUAAAAGUUUACUGUGUAAUAAAUAAAUUUAAGUA